AUGGCUUUCAUUCCCGGAGAAGCAUCUGAUUUUUAUCAUUGUUGUCAACGUGGUUCUACUAGUUGUGCGCGUAGAAUACUUGAAGAUGCUGCUUCGAAUGGUGGACCAACAAUUGAGGAAUUAAAUGCUUUGCAACCGAAUGGGAGUACGGCACUUCAUGCAGCCACAUACUACGGAUAUACGGACAUAGUUGAACUUCUUUUGCGUUAUGGCUGUAAUCGAACUACGUUGAACCGAUAUGGUAAACGAGCCUAUGAGGAGGCACAGACACCUGAAAUGAAAAAAUUAUUCGAUCGACCUAAUUCGACCAAUCGUUUCCAUGAAUUAGACCCGGCUCAUAUGAUGGCUCUUUACAUUGCUGAGGAAACGGGAAACAAUCCGAACUCUAAUGCCACAUUCAAUUACGUUCAUUUCUUCAAAUCAGACGAUGAAAUUCUCGAACACUCAUUAAAUCAAGAAACAACUGCUCUCUGGCUCAAGCUUUAG